AUGGGUGAAGCUCGUCGACGCUGGACUGCAUCGGAGGAUGCACUCCUCUGGGACCUCUAUCAGAUCGAGGAGAAAGCACCCACGGGCAAAUCCCAAAAAAUCAACUGGAACGAGAUCGCGCGCCAGAUCCCCGGACGCAGCAACAAGGACUGUCGCAAGCGGUACUAUAACCGGUUCACGGGCGGGUUGCGCAAGGGCUCCUGGACGCAGGACGAAGACGAGCGGCUGUUCCAGCUUGUCGAGCGCUAUCAGUACCGGUGGGCGGCGAUUGCGCAAAAGAUGGAGACGCGGAAUGCGGAUCAGUGCUCGAAGCGCUGGCAUCACUGCCUGAACCCCGAGUUGGAGCGCAGUCCCUGGACGGACGGGGAGAACACGCUUUUGCUCUCGGCCGUUGGAGUCCACGGGAGUAGCUGGAAGGAGAUUCAGCGGUCACACUUUCCCACGCGGUCCGCGAACAAUAUCAAGAACCAAUAUACAAUCCUCAGCCGCAAAAGCCUGCCCUUGACGACCCUGCACCCCUGCUGCGCAUCUCCACCCCGGACAAAACCCUCCUCCCGCCGCCUCCCAUCCUCGAUACCGUCAGCCUCAUGCUCAACAUCAACAUCGUCAACGACGAGUUCCUACAUUCCCUCCUCCUCCUGCACCUCCACCUCCGACACAUACACGUACAACUCGCUAACCUCCACCCCACAACUCGCCGCAAACGACUACCUCCCCGCAACCCCCGAGACGACGGGCUCCAUAUCCGCCUUCAACUUUCCCCACGCGAUGCCGCUCUCGUCGAGCGGUGAUCCCGGUGCAUUCCCAUUCGACUAUCGCGCGGCGAUGUAUGCCGGGAGCGGCGGGAUUGAUCUUGGCAAUACGGGUUUCGGGGGCUGUGACGCUGCGGAGAUGGGGUAUGGGGUUGAUAUUGGUGUUGGGGUCUCGGGGUUUGGGGAGGGGCCGUUGUUGCGGUAUACGCAGUUUUCAGCUGGCGGGGGGUUUGGGCUUUGA